ACUUCCGGAGCUCACGCGCUAAGUGCAGGUCCUGAGAAGCCACAUCACCGUUAAAUACAGUGCGUAAAUUAAUUUUUUGAUCAUUGCAUAAUCGGUCAGCUCGGUAAAUGAAUCUCGAUGUGUUAGAUUGUAGAUAAAUGAUGCGGCUUGUGUCAAAUAAGCAGCAUUAGCUUUUGUCUGAUCAUCCACAUAUAUUUAGAUGCAGACCGACACACAUCAACGCUGAUCGAGAUAUAACACGCGUUUGAGUUUAAUUUAAACACUUAAAUCAUGAUUAGAGCUUGCGGCUGUUUGAGCUGGACACAGAACGCAUCAGACUGUGAGUCAGGUCAGCCGCUGCUAGGAGCGUUUGUCUGUCACUGAGCCUCGCCUUUGUGUGUUUGCAUCCAGCAAAAAGACAUCGGCAGCGGCCGGAGCUCCGCGCUGCGCACUGGAGACGCUUGACUGCAGGUGUUCUGAUGUAGACAUUUCUACCUCACACUGCCCCCUACAUCAAUCCCAGAAUCCUCUGCUGCAGUUGAACCUUGCAUUGCAGCUGUGACAUCACAUAGCUCCAGAAGAUCAGGGACAUCCACACUUACAGGAUUUCCAGCUCGCUCAGCUCUCUCUGUGGGUUUACAUCACUUCCUGUUUGUGUGUGGUUUUACCGGCACGCUGACAUUCAGAAACUGGGCGGAAACUCAUGGGAUACGAGCAUGUCAGAAGUUGGAGAGCGUCGGCCAGUCAACACGGACUACGCCGUUUCCGUGCUGAAGCAACUCAAGUUCUUUUACGAGCAAAAGUUGUUGACUGACAUCACUCUACUGGUGGAGGACAAUGAGUUCCCUUGCCAUAAGAUGGUGCUGGCGACCUGCAGCUCGUACUUCAGAGCCAUGUUUAUGAGUGGCCUCAGUGAGAGCAAACAGACACAUGUUCACCUGAGAAAUGUUGACCCUGCUACGCUCCAGACCAUCAUAACCUACGCUUACACUGGCAACCUGCUCAUCAAUGACAGCACUGUGGAGCCGCUCUAUGAGACGGCGUGUUUCCUUCAGGUGGAAGAUGUUUUACUGCAGUGUCGAGAUUACUUGGUCAAGAAAAUCACUGCUGAAAAUUGUGUCCGCAUGCUAAGCAUUGGUGACCUGUUCAGCUGCACUGAGCUGAAGCAAAGUGCAAAGCGCAUGGUGGAGCACAAAUUCCCUGUUGUCUACCGUCAGGAGGCCUUUCUGCAGCUCUCACAUGAGCUAUUGUUGGAUCUCCUGAGCAGCGAUAAUCUCAACGUUGAGAAAGAGGAGACAGUACGUGAGGCGGCCAUGCUGUGGCUGGAAUACAACAUGGAAGCACGUUCUCAGUAUCUCUCCUCAGUCCUAAGCCAGAUUCGAAUUGACGCACUCUCUGAAGUGACCCAACGUGCCUGGUUCCAAGGUCUUCCACCAAAUGACAAGUCUGUGGUUGUGCAGGGCCUGUAUAAAUCUAUGCCAAAGUUCUUUAAGCCCAGACUGGGCAUGACCAAGGAAGAAAUGCUGAUUUUUGUAGAGACUGAACCACCAGCUGAAAGCCACCCAUUUGUGAUUGGUCCACGUCAUGCGGUCGUCUGUUAUAGCCCACAAGCGGAGAAGGUCUAUAAACUGAGUAGCCCGCCUGGAGACUUGCAGAAGGUUGGUACACUGGUCACCCCAGACAACGACGUGUUCAUUGCCGGUGGACAAAUUCCAUUGAAAAGCACUCUGGCUAGUCACGGCAGUAAGAGUGGCAAGCUGCAGGCAGCCUACUGCUCAGUAGACAGUUUCUACUGGCUGGAUGCUCAGCAGAAUGCCUGGGUUGCCAAAACACCAAUGCUGUGCGCACGCACAAAGCCGUCACUAGUGUACUGUCAGGGUUUUAUCUAUGCUAUUGGUGGUGAUAACGUGGGUGGUGAAUUGAAUAAGCGCACAGUGGAGCGAUACGAUUGCGAACAAGAUGAAUGGAGCAUGGCCAGCCCUCUUCCCUGCGCCUGGAGUUGGAGCACGGCGGUAAUGGCUCGCGACUGCAUCUAUGUCAUGACUCACGACCUCAUGUACUGUUACUUCCCUCGAGCGGACACUUGGGUGGAAAUGGCCAUGCGACAGACAAGUCGAUGCUUCGCUUCUGCGGCUGCGUUAGGAGAGCACAUCUUUUACAUUGGUGGUCUGCAUGUGGUGGGCAACUCAGGCUUGCGUCUACCAACUAGCACCAUCGAUGGCUCUUCUGUUACUGUGGAAAUAUACGACGUCAACAAAAACGAAUGGCGUCUGGCUGCCAACAUCCCAGCCAAGCGAUACUCGGACCCCUGCGUGCGUGCGGUGGUUCUACUGAACACUCUGUGCAUAUUUAUACGCGAGACUCACUUAAACGAGCGGGCAAAGUAUGCUCUGUAUCAGUACGACCUGGAGCUUGAUUGUUGGUGCUUAAGGCAACCUGUGUCAGAGCGUGUGCUCUGGGACCUUGGUAAAGAUUUUCGUUGCGCCGUGGGUAAACUAUACCCAUCCUGCCUUGAGGAAUCUCCCUGGAAGCCGCCCACCUACCUCUUCUCCCCUGAAGGAGCUGAGGAGUUUGAGGUGGAUGAGGACAUGGUGUCGCUGCCUCGUGUAUAGUGAACACCAUCUACUUGGAAACAAGCCUGUAAUUUAUCCACUGUUUCGGAAUAAUGCUCUAUUUAAUGGGACUUUGAAGUGUGAGUAAAGAUAAAUUAUGACCCCCCCCAAUAACUAGUAUGUUCUUGGAGAUCGGCCAUUUAAUUGGAGUCUAAAACUGGAAUUGAAUAUUGAAUAGAACUUAAAUUGGAAAAUCGACUAAAAUGUAAUUUCUUCAGCACGCCACUACACAUGCAGUUUUGAUUUCUGUUUCUGAUGUCAUAGUGAGUUGUUUGCCCAAGAGCAUAUCUAUUUCUCCAAAAUAAUGGGUAGUCACUACGUUUUUUGUUUUCAUUGUUUUUUUUUUUUGUAUUUUUGUGAUCAUUACAAAUUUUGAAUUCUUUUUUUAUAAUUUGCUGUAAACAUUUGAAUAUGCGAUUAAUUUCAAUUAAACCAACUUCAGUUGAAAAUGGCAACUGUACAAACCCUCAACAUUUCUCUCCAUUCUGUUCAUGUUCCUCUUAUAGAAAGGAAGUAUUCACCUACAUGUCAGCUGUAUAUGGGAUGGUCAAAGGUCCGUAAGUUUUGUACUAGGUGCCAUUUUGUCAUUCGGCUUGACUGCUGGUACGAUGACUUGCUUGACUUUUUGAUGCAUACCUCUGUACCCUCAUAGUUAUUUCACAUACUCUUAUUGGUUUAUCUGAUGACCAUCUGGCAUCUUUUGACCCUCAGAAGGGCAGGCUUCACGUUCACAACCACAAACACCCCAUGGAUGCCUUAAGAUGAUUUAUAGCCUGGAUUCCUAGUUUAUUUACCGUUUGCUUCACCUACCUUGAGGCCGAUAGAUCAUUAUCGUUUAGUCAGUCAAGAUCAGUCACCAUGCACACACCAGUGUACAGUUAUUAGCAAACUAGUUUUUGUUUAAUUGGUCUACAAAAGGAAUCAGAUCUACUCAAAUACUGUCAAGUGCCCAUUCACCCAUGUAUCAUCUGCAGUGAAAGCCAUUCACACUAUAUGCCCAUAGAUAUGCCUCUCUUAAUCUUUUAUCUGUAUUUUGACCAUUAUUUUAUACACCCAUCUUUGCAGUAGUAUCAGUGUCAUCAUAAAUGACAAUAACAGAGUGUAAUCGGCACAUAUUAUGGCCGUGUAUAGCAUGUUAGCUUCAGAAUUUAAACAAGACAAAUUAAGUGUGUGUGUGUGUGUCCUCCACCACUGUUAUAAAUCAACACAAUCUGCUGUUUUCUGUUUAAUUAACCACAUUUCAAGAUCAGAUCACAUGUAUUGCAAAGACACCAAUUUACCGAUUGGGAUUAGAUGAGAAUGGAAAGAUUCCAUAUUCUGCUCCUCAUUCAAUACGGCAGUUUGAUUGGAUUACAUUUAAAUGUUUAGCAAAUGUAUUAAAAAUAAAA